GGUGAUUCAGGUUUUGAAACAUUUUGAAAUAUUACGUUUCUCUGAUGACCUUGGCUGGGUUUAAGGAUGGGUGAACUUCCGAUUUUCACUUGUCAAGCCCAUGUAUUUACAAUUAACCCUCAAACAAAGAAGUCAUGGAUUCCGUCAAGUAGUAAAGCGGUCGAUGUUAACUUCUUUUAUGACUCCAAUAAACACUGUUAUCGAAUAAUUAGUGUUGAAGAUUCUUCUGGUUCAAAAAAGGUUAUUAUUAACAGUACAUUGACGGAAAAAAUGACAUUCAAGAAGACUUCACAAAAAUUCGGACAAUGGGCUGAUUCGAAAACUGGUGGAGUCCAUGGUUUGGGGUUCAGCUCAGAAGCAGACUUAACCAUGUUUAUCAAUCAAUUUAAACAAUGUGUAGAUUCAAUGAAGACUCAAAUUCAACCAGAAGCAAAUAGUCCAUCUGGAAUACGUGUACCAUCAGAUUCGGUCAAUUUACCGAAAGACAAUUUAUCAAGCCCGUUACAAAAUGGUCAAAUUCAUCCACCAAUAUCGAAUAGUAGUAGUAGUAGUAGUAUUAUUCCAGUUAACCAACCCACUACACCAACAAUAACACCUACAUGUUUAACGACUAAUUUUAUUACUUCACAUCAAAAUAUUUCACAAAAUUUAUCAAAUCCAUUAUCUAUACAACAUGUGAAUUCAUCAUCAUUGCCUGUAACACUAACAACACAAUCAUUAACAACAACUAAUGGACAAAAUGAAAUAUAUUCUAAUCAAUCUGUACAAAAUCAAUUAAAAUUAGCUCAAGCUCAAGUGAAACGGUUAGAAAUGGAAAUUAAUCAAUUAAAACGUCAAGCUAUGCCAGUAAUGGGUAGUUCAAUGAAUGGAUUAGUUUAUACAACAAAUUAUACUAAUAUUGAACCGGGAAUAUCAAUGGAUACCGUUGAUAGUCCUGAUCUACGAUGUGGUAUUGCACGUUUGGAAUUAGAUGGUACUAAUGGCGGUGGAAGUGCCGGUGUCAAUAGUAAUGGAGAAUGGAUUAACGAACUGAGUAUUAGUAGUAAACCUAGGCCAGUUGGUACUAUUCAUCCUUCAUUGGUACAAGGUAAUCAAAACAGACUAUUAUGGAUGGAUCGUGCAUCACAAGAUACUAUACGAUCAUUGCAUAUACGUUUAGGAAAUGUAUUAAAAGAAGCCUUAGAAAUUCAUCAUCGUUUAAGUUCUCUUCUAUCAAUUCCAUCUGUAGAGUAAGAAAUUUUGUGUUCAAUACAUUGAACUCACUGACUGAUUACUUCUUUUCAGUCUUCCUGUAUACAUGACUUUUAAAAUUUAUUUCUUUAUAAUUUAGUUUAGAUUUCUUAAUGUGUUAUCAAUUUGUUGUUGUUUUUUUCUUCUAACAUUAAUGUUUCUUCUCUAAGAUGAUGAAAUCCCCCUCUAACAAUAAUACAAACAUCUUCAUUUUAUUCUUUUUAAUAACAACGGAUACUGCUAGAUGCCUGUCAGUAUUUUAAUCAUCAUCUAUGCUGUUGUACAGUUCAUGUAAUUUACUUUAAUUUGCUAUACUGGUGAAAUGUAAAUUCUUUUUCAAUUUUUUACAUAAGACAAAAUUAACUCGUAAAAUAAACAAGUAUUAUCACUACUAUUCAUUCGUAAAUAAUAAUGACAAGGUCAUAUCUAUUUAUUCUAAUGCAUGAUGUUUGUUUUAUUUCUCUUAAUUGAUGUUUCUUAUUCCCUGCGAAUUUCCUCUCCUUUCUUUUCUAUCUUUUAUAAUAUAAUUCCAAGAUUAAUUUUAUAAAUACUCCUUAAUAUAGUGGUAUUACUUUAGAUACAAUGAUUCGUCUUUAAUGUCAAUGAAUUACUUAAAUAGAUUAAAUUUGAUUCAUUUCUCGUAGUGAAAUAUCUGCAAGAUAUUUCUUAUGUACUUCGUGUAUCAGUCGAUCUGACAACUGUUAUUACAAUAAUUACGAGCGGUUCAUAAUUUUCCCGAGGACGGUAAUAUAAACUGCUAACUAGUUUAUUUUUUUAUAGCAUAUUUCAAACAAUUACCAAGCACAUGAUGGGAGACAAUGAGGAAGCAAAUAAUUUAAUGGAAAUUAUGAAGUAGAUAAAAACAGACAUGCGGUUUAAGCUACUAACAUUUAGGCGAGUAAGGGUAACUGUAUUCGUGGGCAUCGGAAUGUAAGGGUACAGGUAUAAGCAGAUUCCUACUGACAUAAAUCAUGGUGUGUUGAAUUAAUUAUUCGGAGAGCUUAGUUUAUUGCUGUCCUCCAAGCAUUGCACUUGAUAAAAAGAUGGAUAAUAUAAAAUAAACUGUAUCAACUUCCUUUCGAAAUGCUUCAGUGGAAAUAUACUGUGUAUCUGUUAGCGGGACAUAGGCUGGAUUAAAACAUGCUCAAUGCAUGAUUGCUUUGGUGUACUCUGAUUGGCUAAUUCUUAUCCAAUCAGCACUAGUCGAUAGUUAGAGAAUACUCUAGAAUCUUCUCAUGUAAAAACUAUAAAUAUACUGACGUUUUCUCUAUUGUGCUUCCUACUGGCUUCUGACUUGCUAUUUGGAAUAUAAUCUCUUUCCUGUUCAACCGUGUUCUGAUUUGGGGACUUGUCGAGUGAAUCGGUGUCCGAGAAUACUAAGCAAUAGGAAUAGCUGGGUCAUAACCGUAAGAAGAAAGAGAUUAUAACAGUAUCACUCUACCAUACAACUUGGUGUAAACAAAGAAUUACUAUGUACCGUAAUUCAAUUGUACUAAGGUAACAUAAAGGCUAUGCAGAAUUCAGAUUCUUCUGGUCAUUUUGCUUACAACAGCUAAUCGCAUACUGAGGUAAAACAAAACGUUCCACGAAGUUCUAUGGCACGAUAGUUGCGAUACAUCUCUUCCAAUAAUUGGUUCAAAGCCUCGAAACCUGUUCUCAUCAUCUCGCAUCUUCGGAAGUAUCAAGGCAGUAUUAGCGAACAUUCUCAACAAAAAGUAUGGUUCAAAAUCAAGUGCUCUGUAUGUGACUACCCUACUUGUUGAGUCGUUUCACUUUAUUGUCUUCAAAAGGUCAUAAUAGGUCUUAGACAUUAAAAACAAGUAUAAGUAUAGAGUGAGAAUAAGCCGUCUACUGUCCAAAUGAACGCAUCUCACUACGUCGAGUACGUUCACCAGACAUUAGUUUUUGAUACAUUGGAUCUUCAAACCACGAUUUUUUCCUUAUAUGAUUCAGAUUAACAGUACUUUUCAACGAUAUGAAAUGGAAUGGUUAGAAGACGCAUUAUUGUUCUACCACGAAAUAUCUAGGGUGAAUUAGAUUAGAAAAUACCGCACUAAUCUGCAUAUUACAAUCAUUCUUCUGCAAACUUACUAACAGAAAUUUCUGAUAAAAACUAAGAAAUCAAAAGUCUUUCGUAGUAUAUAAAAUCGGAAUGUUAUUAAUACUUAGAAAACAAUGCCAAUUAUAUAAAAAUGACAAUAACAAACACCGAAAUAGCAAAAACUUAGUGAUUUUUGACGAGGAAAGUUAGAAAAUGCCGAAGGUGUUUUUAAACAUAAAUGCUGCCACCAAUUAUUAUAAAAUAUGUAAUUUUACUUUGACAAGAUUACAUUUAUUCUUCACAAACGAACACCUCUCGUCUCAUCCGUUUCAUUUGUUGAUAUGAAUCUGAUUCAGGAUAAGCGCUACGCUUACGAUAAGGUCGGGUGUUUUGUUUUAUCAUUACAAAGUGUAAUGAAUCAUAGUGCCCUGAAGAUGAGUCUUCCUCAUUUUCGGAAGCAACUUCGUCGUACUCUGUUUUACAGUCAUCGAAGGCAAUAGCUUUACGAUCGAUAGUACUGAAGGCUAACGGUUCUAUUGGCAAGAAAUACAAAGGUAAUUGUACCUUGUCAACUGGUUGAAGUUCUUUGCGCUCAGUUAACUCACAAUCCAUAUUAGUAUCAAUAGAAAGUAAACUAUUUUUAUAAACAGAUUCGUAGACAGUAUAUUCGUUAGAUAUUUCAACCAUUUCACUUUCUGAAACCUUAUUAUCCAUAAUCGCAUGAUUUGAAUAAAUAACCUUUUGAUAUACUGGAACUACAUUUGUGUGACAAUUUGGACAAUAAGCUAUAGGUAAUUCAUUAGAACAUUGUUUUAAAGUCGGAGCGAUUGGAUCAUCCCGUUUAAAAGUUUUUAUAUAAUUUCCCGAUUCACUUGAUAGAGACUCAAGAGACGAACAGAGAUUAGUGUCAAAGUUAUUAGAUAUUCUUGAGUUUCGACGUUGCUGAACCCACCUUGACUUUUGAGUAUCUAUAUUUUCUCGAAAGGGACGCUUAAAAGUUAAACUUGACCGCUUCGUUGCGCAUAAUAGCGACCAUAGUAAUGGUUUUUUCUUUAUUUUCAGCUUAUUCUCUACUAAAGCGCGUUGUGAACCAGAACUUUUAGAAAACCAUCUCAUUAUAGACUAGAAAGAUAAGGUCGGAAACAAAAAAUUAAUAAAUAUUUGCUAAUUUUGAAUUUUUGUAGUAACGAAGAAACCCCAAAUGUGACCGAACAACACAAACGAGAAAGUGUAUAGAUUUUACACAACUUACCCUUUAAAUAUAACUGGUGUAGUGGAACGUGCCUUUAGAAUUAAAAUUUAUCUAACUUAACUAAUAUCUAAUUAGAGAGUAAAUCUUCGACGGCGUGGACAACAAAAAUUUAUUUACCCUCUCUCUCUACGCUUACUGCUAUAUAUAUUCAAUCAAAAUGACCAUGAAUUUCGAAGUACAUAAUCUGAUCAGAGUUUCACAGCAUUUGGACGCCGAGUUAAUGUGAGACAUUACAGAAGAAGAAUGUAUUUGUAAAGUCCCAGCGAAAGAAUUUGAAGUAAAUCCAACGUCUCACCUGGCAAUCUGGUCUAAGCUUUUCUAAGGAAAUAUAAUCAAAAUUAUCGAAUAUAAAUAGAUACAAGGUUCUCCGGUUUACUGUAUACUGAAUAAAUCAUCUAAUCAACGUUAACAAUGUUUAAAGUAGGUAUUCACAUUAGUGUGUAAGAGACAUGUGGUGUGAAACGAAAAAUGUUAACAUAACAGAUCGUGUGUAUACGUAAGUGAGAAGAAAUUUCAUUCACCAUAUAUUGUCUUCGGUCGGUGAAUAUUAAGAAAACGUAUUAUACACAUGAAUCAAAAAUGUUACAGUAUGCAUUAAAUGAAGAUAAAUAAACAAGAUAAAGGAAUGAAUUCAAAGAGGAAGAAUGGAUUUGUAAUUGAAAGCUUAUGUUAUUUUUAAUGUUUCAGUUAACUGUUUAACAUAUUCAGAUAAGAUAACUGAUUUGAACCGUUGAAUGUAAUAUCUGUUAAUUAGUUAAUGCGAUACAGAUAAAAUGGAAUAAGUUCAGGUUUACUUAUUAAUCAUUAGUUGCCAUGGGACAGCUAAUUGUAUUCCAUCUCACCUAUUGUUGUAACAAGUGGACUGCAGGCUAGAUGCGCAGCGUUUUAUCGACCAAUUCAGUGACACGGAAAACACGUAGUGAACGACCUGGUGCCCUUAUUGGUCCCGCCCCACCCCUCCUUGUGGGAAGGCAGCAUCGCUGUCAUGCUGGUUGUCCGAGGGAAACACCUUACUGCUGUCACACUUCUCUACAGUCAGCAGUACGACUCCGCCCUCAGACCUUGAGUUGCUGCUUUUAGUCUUAACGUUCACCAAUCGACCUGCCUGGCAUGGUAGAACCUACAGGAACAUAUGUUCCAGUCAAUAUAGCUCGGUUGGGUCAUCACGAUAGGCAAGCCCGACCACCGCGUCAAGGUAGCAGCUUCGGUCGGGCUCGCCGGCGUAGGUAUAGCAUUGAGUCCUAGGGCAGAACUAGCUCUCUUAGACUGGAUCCCAGUAGACAGUCGUUUGUGCGCUGUCCGACUGAACGGAACAGUAAGGACCCGAAAAGAUAGGGACACUCGUCGUUGCCUCUUCGUCGUCUCUGUCUAUUCCCCCACUGACUGCAGAGCAGAUGAUGUAAAAGAUGAGUUUUACAGAAAGCUCUCCGACCUUCUCCGAAAAGCUAGGCGCUCGGAUGUAUUAAUAGUGGUCGGUGACUUUAAUGCUCAAGUAGGUAAACUAAGCGAUAGAGAAAGACACCUGGGUGGAUCUUAUGGUGUCGUGGCUCAAAUAACAGAUAAUGGCGACCGUCUGUUGCAGCUAUGCUCAGAUAACCGCUUGUCCCUUGCAAACACUAACUUUAAGCAUAAGGAAAAACAUCUUUUGACAUGGCUACCCCAUAAUUCGUCCCAACGUUGGACCCAAAUAGAUCACAUCGCUAUCAGCCACCGAUGGAGGGGCUCGAUAGAAGACUGUCGCUCAUUCUGCAGCACAUGCCUAAAUUCAGAUCAUGCUCUAGUACGAGCGCGUAUUUGCUUGCGUCUUACUGGACGUAGGAAAGACGCUGCAAGGAAACCUCUUAGGGGCCUACGUAAUGAAAGUCAAGCUAAGAGUAUAUUUCAG